AGAGAAGAUUAUUCCUUUCUUGCUCCACCAAGCCACAGCAGAAGCAAAGUCUUCCCAGUACCCACCCACUACUCUAAUCUCACAUGCUGAUGCAUCCUCCUAAUCUAAUCUCUUGAACCUUUAUAAACAAAAGAAAAAUAGUAGUAGUAAUUACAGGAGGCCCCAAGCUGCUCCUCUCCUUCCCCCAUCCCAUUCCAAUUCCAAGAACGGGGCAGUGGAGGAGAGGAGAGCCCAAGUCAACGAGGUACAAUGCGUUCAAUAACGAGAUUAGUGUUUGUGCUUGCACUGGCUAUAGCCUUAUCGAACGAGGUUGCAGGGAGCAGAGAGUUUAAUAUCUUGGCUCAGGAUGGCUUGCCUGUUGCAGCCAAGGGACCAGGACUAACUGCAGCCAGUGGGAAGUUGUGUCAAUUAUGUGAGCAGUACUCAUCUAAGGCAUUGCUCUACCUCAAACAAAACGAAACCCAGACUGAGAUUCUUAGCAUUCUACACCAUGAAUGUGCAAGCCUUGCCCCUCUGAAACAGCAGUGCAUCACGUUGGUCGACUACUACAUACCCCUUUUCUUCUUGGAGGUUUCAAUGGUUACCCCUGAAGAGUUCUGUGAAUCAGUUCACCUCUGCAAGAAUGGAAUGAAGAUUAGCCUACCCACUCGGGAGGGUCCUUGCGGAUUAUGCCACCACGUUCUUGUUGAAGUUCUUGCCAUGCUUAAAGACCCGAACACACAGCUUGAGGUAAUCGACCUACUCCUCAAAACAUGCAGCAAGGCGCAGAACUAUGAACAGAAGUGCAAGCAUCUGGUCAUCAAGUAUAUCCCGCUGAUUCUGGUCAAGGGCCAGAAGUUCCUCGAGACGACUGAUGUCUGCACUGCAAUACAUGCAUGCAAAACAGGCACGCAAUCAUCGAUGGAGAGCAUGCCUCUAUCUGCCACUCUGUGAAGAUGAUAUGAAUCAGAAUAAGGUUUAUCUAUCUAGGAAAUCUAAUUGGAGAGAAAAGAUGAAGGUCAGAUGACUAUUGGAGCUCUUUUUCUCUAUUGUUGAAACGCUAUUGAUUGGUGAAAAUUCAGCAUGUCAAAGUCUUUGGUGUAAAUUUGUAGCCUUGUCCACUGAUCUGUAAACUAUACUGCAACUGAGCACCCGAACCAUCUCAAGCAUCGGAUUGAAAAGUUGUAAGGGAUGAUUACAUUGAAUGUAUCAUUUAUUGUUUGUAAACUACCGAGAUUUAAUUCAGUAUUGCUGUCAA